AUGGAUGCUGGAUUAAAGAAUAGACAACAUAUUAAAACAUUUGCCAACAUGAUAAAUUGUUUGGCCAAAGUCGGAGAGGAAGUAAUAUUUGAUAUGAAACCUGAUAGGGUUUCUUUUGUUACUGUCAAUGCUUCAAAAUCAACAUUUGCUAGGUUCACAUUUUUACAUUCGUUUUUUGAUAGAUAUUCCUUUUUACAAACUGCUCCGAAAAUUGUUAGGCUAACUCUGAAGAAUGUUGUUCACGUAUUUAAGAAUGCUGCUAAUUUAGAUCAAUUGAAAAUUACACUAGAUAGGAAUAAUAGUCAAGUUAUAUUUGAUUCGUUUGGACUUUCUCAAGUACAAAAGAUUUAUCAAAUUAAUUGUUCACCAUGUGAUGUGGUCAAUCCAGAACAUGAUCUCUCUAGAGAUUUUGAAUUUGAAGUCAAUUCUUCAUAUUUAUCUAAUUUAUUAUCACCAUUUGGUAAAUUGGCUGGUGAUAUUACCUUUCUUUUGGGAAAGAGAGUUGUUAUUACUACAUCACAACAAAAUCAACCAAAUUUAUCACAAACUGAUGGAAGAUUUACACAAUACUAUAUUCAAAUGAAAUCAUAUGCUGAAAAGGGAGAAAAACAAAAUGGAAAUCAAACAUCACUUGCUAUUGAUACUGUAAAUUUGGAAUCAUUCAAUGUAGCUCAACAGGCAUUUGUUCAAAAUGAUGCAAGUAAUAGACCAACCCCACCUGCAGGAACAGUACCAGGUUCAGAACAAACAAUUCAAGCAGAAAGUGAAAUGACCUUUAGUUUUAAAGAUUUAAAGGCAUUAAUAGGAUUUUGUGAAUUAUCUGAAUAUAAUAUUCAUUUUUCAAUGACAAGAAAUAGAGGAGAUCCAAUUGUAAUAAGAUCAGAAUCACAAGCAAAGGAUGUAGAAAUUGUAUUUUUAAUGGCAACUAUUGAUUCAGAUGAUGAAACAAUGGCUACUGCAGAAACUUCAACUAUUACUACAAACCAACAAGUUUCAUCCAGAAGAGCUAGUCAACAACAGCAACAAGUUAAUGACAAUCAAAUGGUUGAUGAUAAUUUCUCUUCUGGUGAUCAAUUCUCUACCCCUAUUAAUAAGAGAAAGAGAAGUCACCUUGAUGAAUCAUCCAUAUAUAUAGAUAAUCAAGAUAGAUUUGUCACACCAGAGAUUAUAUCUAAUCCAUCAGGAAAAUCUCUUCAUAAUCAAUUCCUUAAUGAAGAUAUGCCAUGUGCUUCAUUUGGUAUUAAUGGUGAAAAUGAAAGAUAUAUUCAAUUGGGUGUUGUCCAAUCUUUCAGUUCAAAUUCAAGUAAUGGUGGAAGCAAUGAAUAUGGUGUUCAAGAUGACAGUGAAGGAAUGAUUGCCCAACGACAUGUUCUUUCAAAUGCAAGUGAUGAAGAAGUGGCAGGUACACCUUCUCCUCCAAACAAACAAAGAAAGAGAUCAUGA